AUGUUCAAACACCACAAUAUCUCGCUAGCCCUCUUUGAUAUCAAACUCAAGUCGCCACAUCGAGACUUGCUCUUGCUCCGUGGAAACGAGUUCGAGCUUGAAUCGGUUCCUUUCGAAGGUAACGUCAAGCUCUCGAUCCCAGAAGACUUCCAUGUCAAACGCAUCCGCUUGAGCUUGCUAGGUGAGUACAACGUGGAGUACUUCAGCCGUCUGAGCUCUGGUGGCGUCAGCGACCAAGUGUUCGACCGUUUGUGUGUGUUGAGAGUGGACUGGAACAACCUCUUGACCUCACCUGACGGCAGCAUCGUUUUUGGAUGCUACGGUGACAACUUCAUGAAUUACCACAAGAUGGAGCAAAUGAAGAAAACCAAGUCCAGGAACAACUCUGAGCUCCAUCUUGAUGAUAUGGGUGGCUCAACGCCUCCGGAGCAUGCUGGUGAAAGACCAGCAUUUCUUCGUACAAACUCACAGCCUCAUAUGGGACUGAAGCAUCAGCACCAGCCUUCCAAGAUAUUGAUCCCUCAGGAUGGAAUUGACGGCACACCUUUCGAAAAUGUUCAUACAUCGAGCCAUCACUCGUUCCUUUUGCCCAAGGGGAACUACAAUCUUCCUUUCAAGGUCUUUCUCCCAGCAAAUAUCUCAGAAACGGUGGAGGGGUUACCCUCGGCCUCUUUGCACUACAAACUACAUUGCACUAUUGAGAGGGGUAGGUUCGAAAAGCCUUUUGUUACUAGUAAGCUUAUUAGAAUUGCUAGAACGUUACAUCCUUCAAAUUUGAACUUGACGGACAGUAUUGAUAUUAAUAACACAUGGCCGGGUAAGGUUCAGUACAAUGUCAGCAUCCCUAAGAAAGGUGUGCCUAUUGGUUCAACAUUGCCCAUAAAAAUUCUAGUUGUACCUAUCGCCAAGGGACUCACGCUAAAGGGCGCUAAUGCUUCGAUUGUGCAACAUUUCCAUGUUUUGCAUUCUGAGGGUAAAUCUCCUGAAUGGGAGAUCUUGUCAGGCAAACAAACCUUACAAACACCAGAUCCUGAAAGUUUACCUGUGGAUCAGUGGCUAAUUAAAUCCCACUUUAAAGUACCCAAUAAUCUCAAACAUAUCAAUCAAACAUGUGAUUUGAAGAAUAACAUUAUCCAAGUAAAGCAUCGUUUGAGAAUUACGCUCCAGUUGAAGAACCAAGCAGGGCACGUCAGUGAGCUCAGGGCAAACGUUCCUAUUCAUGUUUACAUUAGUGCUAAUGCUGGACAUGUUAUUGGUAAGCAUUAUACUCUUGAACCUAAAACGGGCUAUGUGGUUCAGGAUCGAAACUCUGAGAAUAUUUUAUUCAAAAAAGACCGUAAAGAGAGUCACUCGUUGACAACUAGUUUGAAUGCAUCUACAGAUUCGCUCAAUGGUGAGGAAGAGAACGACUUAGACAGACAGGUUGAUGCCCCACCUCUUUACCAACAGCAUGUCUAUGACAAAAUCUACGAUCUCAAUUCACCACAAAGUCCCAUGGAACAGCUUCGAAUUCAAAGUGCAGGUAAUUCACCUAUCAAUUCACUUCCUGGAUCCAUGAUGAACCUUGAUAGCUAUUUUGAUUUCCCCACACGAAAUGGUAUCGAGUCUAUUACCAAAAUAGAGAGCCAGGACAGUCAUCUCAAGAGUACGAACAUUGAUGUUUCUGCCCUCUGUAAGGUGCCCUCAUACUUCGAUGCGGUGGACGAUGAUGACGAGCCUGCGAAUCAGGAUAUUCCAGCUCCAAUUUAUGAUGAUGGAACAUCCUUAAAAGGAAUUUCGCAAUCUAUCUCAUCACUUGAUCUCUCAAAAAAGAGACCAGUCGCAAGAAGAGGUUUCUCCAACGGAUAUCUAUUCAACCGUUCUGUUCUGGCCAAUUCCUCUGCACGUACAUCGGAAGUGGAUUUAGCAGCUUUGGGUGCUGCACAUUCAGUGGCAUCGAGCACUGAAUCUACUCACAAACAUCUACACUUGAACCUCAAGUUGAAACACAAGAAAAAAUAA